CACCAACACCUGGCGGGGCUUGCUGGACACUGCCUGCAAGCGGAGCCAAAAUUAGUCUUAUUUGAAUAUGGCGAGCUUGGUUUUCUGUGUGACUACUUGCACAUGCGGCGUGGAACGCCGCACGAGCCUGGGCAGGCACAACUGGUGGAUUUUUCUCACCAAAUAGCAGAGGGCAUGGCUUUUCUGCACUCGCGAACGGUUCUAGUCUCAGCCCUCUCCGGACGCAAUAUUGUGCUGACCACCGAGUUACAUUGCAUGAUCUGCCACGGGGCAGUCGUUCCCGAGAGCAAAGAUCGGUUUGUCUUCAAGGGCUGUGCCGCACCAGCCAUUCAGUGGAUGGCCCCCGAGAGCAUCGCCCAUCAUCGUUUUAACAACCAAUCAGAUGUCUGGUCACUUGGGGUCACCAUGUGGGAGGUGUUUACCUUUGGAAGCGUGCCUUUUGCGCAAUUGGCAACUGGUGAUCUUUUUUACCACCUUGAGCUGGGCAUGCGGCCCGAGCAGCCUGAAUCCAUGCCACCGGCCGUGAGACAUUUGCUUCAACGCUGUUGGCAAUUUGAGCCACAAGCGCGUCCAUCG